AUGACCACGCUGAAGCACACCGGCACUGGCAUUCUGUCGAUUUCCAAUGCGGGCGCCAACACCAAUGGAUCCCAGUUCUUCGUUUGCACCGUGAAGACCGCUUGGUUGGACAACAAGCAUGUUGUCUUUGGCGAGGUGGUUGAGGGCUUGGACAUUGUCAAGGAGAUUGAAUCUUUUGGCUCUCAGUCCGGCAAGACCUCCAAGAAGAUCAUGCUGAAGCACACCGGCACUGGCAUUCUGUCGAUUUCCAAUGCGGGCGCCAACACCAAUGGAUCCCAGUUCUUCGUUUGCACCGUGAAGACCGCUUGGUUGGACAACAAGCAUGUUGUCUUUGGCGAGGUGGUUGAGGGCUUGGACAUUGUCAAGGAGAUUGAAUCUUUUGGCUCUCAGUCCGGCAAGACCUCCAAGAAGAUCAUGGUGGCUAACUGUGGUUAG